AGACAGAAAAAGUAAAAUUCAUGGGAGAAUCACAAAAUUUAAAUUGAAAUGGGACAAGACAAAUCAAUUAUUUCUAAAGAUCCUCCAAUAAUAACUAUUUUUCACAAAUAGUUAAUGUUGGAAAAUAAAUACAUGAACAUUUCUACAUUUAUUUCAAAUCUGUGCAUCAAUAUACAUAUACUAAAAUAAAUUAUCAAUACAAUUAAGAAAUUAAAAAAUAACAAACAACCCAAUUUGAACACUGUAAUUUUCGUAAUGAAGUACCAGAUUACAUCCAUAUUAAUGAAACAAGUCUUAAAUUACCAACAUAUUAAACAAAUUUGUAGUUUCCUAAAACAAACAAUGUUUCAAAUAAAUUAAUCUUUAAUUGAUGGUUCGCUGAACAAGGAACAUAAAUUACUUGUAUUUUGGAUUACUUCACUUUAUAUUUGUUUAAACAAUGUUUUAUUAAACUGAACCGUUUUAUAGUUGAUUAUUAAGAUUUUCCUCUUAAAGUUAGCUAUGCUUGAAGACCUUUAGUUGAAAUUAUUGUUUUAAAAACAAUAAAAGGUAAAAUUAAUGUAACUUGUACACUAAAUUGUAGAAUAAUCGAGGUUGUUUAGUUUUAAACUGUUUUACCUGUAAUGGAAUUUUAAUUACAACUAAGUUCUAUCUCAUAAUUAACAAUAAGUGAGACUUUUAGAGCUAAAUCUACAGAAUAUGUAACUAUUAAAGAUUUCAGUGUUCCUAGAAGUAGUGGCAGUAACAAAUGACCCCUUGAUUAAUGUAUCCACUUUAGACUAAUUAAUUACUGGGAAUAAUAAGGAGUGAACGUUUUACUCCUGCUUUCACGCGUCCUUUAGUGCUUCUGUGUUUCUGUGACACGAACCGUUCUGGUUUACAUUUAAUUGCAUCACAAGUGCGACAUCAAUAGGAAAAGCCGAUUCGUCCAGCAUCCGCACUCGGCGGAUGGAAAGUGCACGGGGUCCCGCGGCGUCAGGCGGUUUCGGCAACGGUGCGUCCGUCUACGUCCACGGUCGGCCGGUGCGGUGCCUCCAUCACAGUCGCCGUUUCCCGCGACCGGCACAAUCGACAUUUAGUUUGAAUUUGUUGAGUACGCGAAGCGGUUGCGAACGGCUUUUUCUGGUCGCAUGGAACUCUGCCAUAUGUCCGACACAGUGCCGGAUCCGUAAGAAGAAAACGCACGCGGUUUUAUGCAACACACGCUCACUGAAAUCCGCCCGCCCCGCACACUUUCACCGCGAUCGCCGCUUGCGUAACCCCGACACAAGAGCAUCCGAAGGAGUAACCACACAGUGCGACCAACUUUGUAUUCUUGUGCCGGUUCAUUUUUACGUUGUGCCGUUUUCUAUUUUAUUAAUUUUGUGUUUCAAGUCCAGUUUAAAGUGCGUUUGCAACGUUGACCGCAUCGUAUUUCGACACUGUCACACAUCUGAAUUUAAGGGAUGAAGGGUAACUGAAAAUGGCCUCGCCGACACCCUCACUAGAAUCACUACCGAGAGCAAAUUCGAUCGGAUCAUUCUGCGAACAAGUGGACUACCUGUCAUUGUCGCCGGCCGACUCACCUUUAUCGGUCAGCGGAUCAUCGCCUCCAGUUUCCGACUCAGUGGACAGAGACAGCGACCCGUCGGAGUUGCACUGCCAACAGUGCCGCGACCCCGUCCUCAACGCCAAGCUACUGUCCUGCUUCCAUACAUUCUGCAACCCCUGUUUAGAGAAGAACAAGCUCGUCUGCCCCCGCUGUAACUCAGAAUCAGUGGAGGUCAUACUCAACACGUUGCUGUUCAGCUCGGACUCGAGCAACACAACCAGCACAACAGUCUCCAACAACACAGUCAACGAUUUCCAGCAGGCAGUGCGUUGCACCGGCUGCAAAACCAAAAAAUUAGACGCCGUAGCCAGGUGUGUGGAUUGUGCGAACUACCUCUGCUCCAAUUGCGUGAUGGCGCAUCAGUUCAUGCACUGCUUUGAGGGCCACCGCGUGGUCAACCUCUCCGAGAUCAAGGAGGAGCCCAAGAACAACACAAUCGCCAGCUUGGGCAGCAUCAUUCCCAACGGCAAUCUGUCCAGCACCGAGAAGAACUUCAUCUGCCCCAGACACAAGGCCGAACUUCUUAAGUUCUUCUGCCGCACAUGUUCCGUACCUAUCUGCAAGGAAUGCCUCACAUUGGAACAUCCAGUGGGAUUACACGAUUACGAACACAUCAACGAUGCUGCGCCCAAACAAAUCGAAGCUAUCCAGAACGCCAUUUCUGAAGCUAAGAGCAAAGCCACCGACGUGAGAAACAUAUUGAAGAACGUGGAGCACGUGUCCAGCAAAUUGCAAGUGCAAUACCACAAGGCUCAGAACGAAAUCAACGAUACAUUCCAGUUCUACAGGUCCAUGCUCGAGGAGCGCAAACAAGAGCUGCUCAAGGAGUUGGAGAGCGUGUUCUCGGCUAAACAGAUCUCCCUAGGAGUGGCCACUCAGAAAGGCCAAGAGACUGUUGACCAAAUUUACAAGGCCUGUGAAUUUGUUGAGAGACUGAAUAAAUGUGCUAAUGUAGUAGAAAUAUUAAUGUUUAGAAAACUGCUGGACGCCAAACUCCAAGGCCUCCUCAACUACAACAUCGAUCAGAGCGUGCAGUCCGCCUGCGAACUCGAAUUCGUCUCCAACUACCAAGCGAUCCAAGUCGGCGUCCGAAACACCUUCGGCUACGUCCGCUCCAACUCCGAAGCAGUCGUCGGCCCCAGCAAACAACCGCCGAUCGCCAGACCGACCAACGGCGGAACCAGCUCCAGCGGAAGCAGUGUCAACGGCAGUUCGGGCAGUUUGAACGGCGGCAUCCCGUGCCCGUUCAGCAUGAGCGGCUCCAGCCAAUCCACUUCGCCAUUCGAAUCAAACAUAAUCAGCAAACGAUUCAGCAGUGCCAACAGCCUGGGACCAUUCUCCACGACUAUUGGAGACUUGAAUCUCAACACUACAAUCAAUCCUUAUGAAAAGUGGUCGAACGGCGGAACGACGGACAGUAUCUUCCAAAACGGACCCUCGGACCCGUACUCCCUCAGCAGCACAGUACCGGCCGAUUCCAUGCUAGACUUGCACUCUAAAUUGAUGUCGACUGCUAUCUUCCCGCCCAAGUCGCAAAUUAAACGCCAGAAGAUGAUUUACCAUUGCAAAUUUGGUGAAUUUGGGGUCAUGGAAGGACAAUUCACCGAGCCCAGCGGUGUUGCCGUAAAUGCUCAGAACGAUAUUAUCGUAGCCGACACUAACAACCACAGAAUUCAAAUUUUCGACAAGGAGGGACGUUUCAAGUUCCAGUUCGGAGAAUGCGGAAAACGCGACGGACAGCUGUUGUACCCCAACAGGGUUGCAGUUGUGAGAACUUCCGGCGACAUAAUCGUGACAGAACGUUCCCCCACACACCAGAUCCAGAUCUACAACCAAUAUGGACAAUUCGUACGCAAAUUUGGCGCCAACAUCCUGCAACAUCCCCGAGGCGUGACUGUCGACAACAAAGGCCGCAUUGUGGUGGUGGAAUGCAAGGUCAUGAGAGUAAUCAUCUUCGACCAGACGGGCGCGGUGUUGCAGAAAUUCGGCUGCAGCAAACACCUGGAGUUCCCCAACGGCGUCGUGGUCAAUGACAAACAGGAAAUCUUCAUCAGCGACAAUCGAGCGCACUGCGUCAAAGUUUUCAGCUACGAAGGAGUGUACUUAAGGCAGAUCGGUGGCGAGGGCAUCACCAACUAUCCCAUCGGCGUGGGCAUCAACGCCAACGGCGAGAUCCUCAUCGCCGACAACCACAACAACUUUAACCUGACGAUCUUCACGCAAGACGGCCAGCUGGUUUCUGCGUUGGAGAGCAAAGUGAAGCACGCGCAGUGCUUCGACGUGGCACUUAUGGACGACGGUUCCGUGGUGUUGGCCAGCAAGGACUACCGGCUGUACAUCUACCGGUACGUGCAGGUGCCCCCCAUCGGCCUGUAGAAGAUGUGCGAAGCCAACCUCUCGUCGAGACAGGGUCCUCAGCUAACCAUUCCCAACACAUUUUGUUGAUGCAUUUUUGAAUGGAAUGGUUCAAGGCUGGUCUGUUAUUGUAUUAUUAUUACUUAUUUUUUUAUUAUACUUUGUCCAAAAUUGUAACGAAAAUCUGAUCGUCAUGGUUUUGAAUUUGCCCCCCCCCCCAAGAACUCGUUUCAUCACGCUUCAGCCAACGACAGGUUCGGUUUGGAGGUGUUGUGGACCGGGUUUAGCACGAACAACGGAUGAUCGGAUUGGAGACUGACUUCCCUUCAUCUUUUGGUCGUGUUCUUGAUAUGUUGAUAUUUUUAAUACUAUACAUUGACGAAGCGUUCGAAGGCGGUCCCGACACCGCCUGCAUGUUGAAUGACCAAAUCUAUCACUAUUUAAAAGUAAAAAAACAGGGAUAUUAUAUUUGAUUAAAUGUUUUAGCUGGUUCCGUGUACCAGCGAUUUGUUAAAUUGAUCAUCGGUUUCCAAUAAUUAUAAUAUCUAUUUUAAUAUGUGUGUAUGAUGUUAGUGUAUGUCUUUUAGUAAUAGCACCUUGUUGUUAGCGGGAUGCCGCGUUGUUAGCGACCCUAGUCACCAUCAAGAACUGUACUUGUAAAAUUUCUCUCUCCCCUAUCUUAUUAUUAUUAUUAUUAUAUUAUUACUGAUACAUGCGCAAACUGAACGUACAAACGACUUCCGACACUCCAACGAAACAUGCCCCACAUUUAGAAGAGCGUUUCGUAUUGUUAAUGUAUACUUUUGGACUGAUGAGUUUGAAAUCAUGGUAAACCCAACAAGAAAAUUUACUUUUAAAUAGUUCGCUCUGGCUUUGGUUGUGUUUAGUUGUUAUUGUUGGUUGUUGUUUGACGGGUUCGUUAUGUUGCGAGCAUUAUAAAUAUAAUUGUAAGCGCUGUUCCAUCACUCGAAUGGAUCUCUGUAUUAUAUUUAAGAUAACUGCAUCGAGUAUAUGAUUGAGGUGGGUGCUCGUGCCCCCUUGCGCCCCUGCCGUGUCGUCGAGACAACCAGGCUCUGACACAAUCCAUUAUGUUUUUUUUUUAGAAUUUCGACCGGCAAAAUGUUAUGUUAAUUUUUUAUGUUAUUAUUCACUUUAUUUUUAGUAAAUGCAUUUUUUAUUAUUAUAUUGGUGCAUGCAAUAUUCUUCACCAUCAGUUUUUUUUUAUUAUUUUUUUUUAAUUAGUUUUUUUAGUAGUGUGUAGUAAUAUAUAUUAUUGUUUGUUGAUGCUGCCGAGUUUAAGAUAGAUGGCGGACGGACUGCAUGUGUCCGACGCCGCAAAAUGGGUGCCUGUUGGUUCCCGCUCAAGACUAUUUACUUAGUAGCUAGGUCCUAUUCAGUUUGUUUUCGCGUGUUUGGUGGCGAUCCCAUUGGCGACUGGCCGGCCCGGCGUACCGAACCCAUCAUUAGUUAGUUUCUAUUUUAUUUUUAAUUUAAUUAUGCGUUCGUGGUUCGACAUUGGUGGUCGCCAAUCGUCCAGUGCGACGCCGUCAGAGACGGGACAGCUGCGGAAUUGCUGGCAACGCAAUGCCAAAAUUUUUUUAAGAACCUUGCCAUCAGUACCGCAACCCCCCCACACAAAAGUACCAUUUUUUCUAAUAAUUUAUCGAUUAUCUUAUUUUUUAUUUAUAUUAUAUAGUUGUUGUUUUUUAUUCGCCGCCGCCUGGUGAGUUUAAUCAUCGGCGGCGGCGGUUUUAUAUAUAUGGAGGUGAUUACGCGAUGAUAACUGUUCGGAGCGUGCGAAGGUCCGGUGAUCUCAAAUCUCGUAAAAAAGACGCGGCGUGACAAACGAGACGUCGACGAAUCUGUGAUGCACCACGAAUCUCCACUAUUAAAAUUGACCCACGGACAACUGUAAUCGUCUUGCAAACAAUCUGCGAUUUAGUCGUCCCUCCCGCACGGCGUACUUGUGUUACUCGUCGUCUGACGACGUCCACGACUAAUCAGAACUACGGCCGGACGGCGAAGGGACACCGGCGACUAAACUUAAAGCAUAAGUAUUUCGGUUUUAGUUAUUAUUUUGAACGUUUCGUUUGUUGUUCCGUGGUAAAACAUACCGGCCUUCGGCGGGAACGAUACUAAAGACGUGACUUAAGAUGGCGCCGCCUAUCCUCUUCGGGUUUGGGGCCCGACAAGUGUUAUAUAUGUUGUUUUUAGUGUCUUGUUGAGAGUACACUCUAUUUUUUCUAUUGUUCCUUAGACGUCCUCGGGCCCAAAACUCGAAACAAGCGCCGACCACUGUUUUGAAACUCUUUUGUAUCGUUUUAUUAUUAUUAAUACAUUUGUUGUUAUUAUUAUAAUUUAAUCGUAAAUUUGUUCUUAAAUUAAAUGUACAUUGUUUUGUUUUAUUUGAUUUUUUGUUGUAAAUGCUUUUUUAAUUAAUAAUACCAUUUCUUGCAGUUUUCA